UGCAGUGUUUCGUUUGGAAAUAACUCAAAGCCAGAAAGAAAACAGGGCUUUGCGGAGGAAACUACAGCUACUGGAACUGAAGGUGUCACGGGAGCGCGCAGAGAGGACAUUGCGAGAGCGCGUCUUCGCCAGUCCCAGUAGUGUCAAGAUCCUCGACCGAUACAGAGGAAUGGCAAGAGGUGAAGGACAUCUCACUGGAGGCCACAGGACCGUUGUGAAGCCAGCCGGAGACAAUACAUGGAGAGAAAACCAACCAAUCAGUGUUGAUGAGGGGAGUGGAACCUCAACCGAACACAUUAUCGUGAUAGAGUCUGCAGAUGCAGAGGCUGCAUGUCCUGGGGUCAAGCAGGAGAAGACUGAAGGAGAGGAGGAACCAUGGCACAGUGGAGACAUCCAGACUGGAGCAGCUGGAGCGCCCCCUGUAGCCACGGAGGACCCCACCACCGCCCCAGCGCAGCCCAGGAUCAGACGCAGCAUCACGGAGGUCAGUGGAAGGCCAGAUGCCGUCCUCAAGUCAGAGACAGACACCAAGACUUUAAUGGGGCUGGGCUGUCCUGCUCCCCGCCCAGACUAUUUCCAUUAUGGUAACCCGAGGACGGUUCUGUCCCAUCGGGACUCAGGUGACGCGUUACAGACUGUCAAUGAUCCAUCGUGUUCAUACGCUACAGAGACAGAGAUGAUACCUGGUGACAUGCCUGUGGGCUUAGAUACACAGACUAAUCCAAUGAGAGGGGACUGGAACCAGUACAGUAGUAGCUGUAUACUCUGAAGGUUGCCUAGAUAAGAAAGGGGGAGGUUAUAGUGGUAGAUGAGAUGACUGUGAAAGUGGAGGGCGACGCUCCUGUGACAUGGAAUGCAGACGAGACUCACUUAGGAGAAGGACACUCGCAGGGCAACUCCAGUGACUUCUUAGACUACAGGGAAAGCUUAGAGACUAAUCUAAAUGUCGCAACCCACUCCCCUUUACACCCAGUGUCCAUGUCGAUGGCACCUUCCGAUUCACAAGGCUGCAUCCUUUUCGAUCAGGUAUUGAACUCAAACGACCAAAGGGCCAAGGCGUGGGGAGAGGGAGCAACAACGGACGGUAAAGAGAAGCAGUUCUUCUGCAUGUUCUGUAACAAAGGCUUCAGCUGCCCCCAGAAGGUGGAGAUCCACCAGAGGGUCCACACAGGGGUGAAACCCUUCAUCUGUACCCAGUGUCACAUGCGCUUCGCCCAUGCUGGCAACCUGAAGAGGCACCAGCGGUUCCACACAGGGGUGAAACCCUUCAGCUGUACCCAGUGUCACAUGCGCUUCACCCAGGCUGGUGACCUGAAGAGGCACGAAAGGGUCCACACAGGGGAGAAACCCUACAGCUGUCCCCAGUGUGAGAAGAGAUUCUCUCGCCAGGACCAGCUGAAGUUGCACCUGAAGGUCCACACGGGAGAGAGGCCGUUCGCCUGUACGCACUGCGGGAAGAGGUUCUCAGAGAGGAGCUACCUCAGGAUACACCAGCAGAAACACCAUUCCACUUUAUAA